AUGGUAACUAAAAGAGAUAAAGAUUAUAUCUCUACUGAAAAAAAGAUACAAUUUCAAGGCUUUUAAUAAAAAUAAGAAAGUAAUCUUAAAGAAGGAUAUAUGUAUAAAAUAUAAUAAAGUCUAGUAUAAAACUAAUACACAAAUGAAGUUAAAACUGAAAGAAGUUUUCCUAAACCAAUAGAAAUGUUCAAUUAAUAAAGAAUAUAUUAAAGUAAUAGUUUUGGAUAAUUAUUUUUUAGUAAUCAAUUAAAAAAAAAUAAUGACUAAUCUGAUAGGAUUAAAUCUAGUAAUAAUACCUAGUAAGAGAUUGAUUUGUAACAUGAAGCACAGAAUAUUGAUCGCAACCAUGUAAUAGAUGAUAUUGAGAGUCAUUCAUAAAGUAAAUGGAUUAGCUAAAGAAAUAUAAACCAUUCUAUCGGCUAAUUUAAGUCUGAAAAUUAUAUAAGCUAUUAGAUUUAGCAUCUCUAAAGUUAGAUAAUAAAACCUAACAAGGAAAUGUAACAGAGAGUUAAAAUAUUUUAUAAAUCUUGUGAAUUAAACAGAUAAUUUUGGGAGAUAUUUGGAAUUUAGAAUAAUAAGUAGAAAAGAUAAAAUAAUUAACAAAUUAGUAGAGAAUUAGUAUAAACAUAAAAUUAUGAAAAAUAAAGGACUAUUCUAAAAGAAGUUAAUGAAAAAAAUAGGACUGUUCUAGAAGUUUAUGAAAAUAAAGACAAAGUCUUAGUAAAAACUAGAAUUUAUAAAGAAUGUGACAUAUUUAUAACCAAAAAGAUUCUUUAUUCAGACCUAAAAAAAAAAGACUCCUUUGAAAUAAGGUUUAAUAAGGAAAUAAAAAUAUUAGAGUAAUUAAAUAAUAACAAUAGCGAAAUCACAGUUGAAUAUAAAGGUUCAACAAAACCUAAAGAAUAAUUAAAUUAUAACAAUAGCGAAAUCACAACAGAUGAAUCUAAAUGUCCAAAUCCUAAACUUAAUGAAUCAAAAGAUACUUAACCUCUCACAUAUGAGAUAAAUAUGGUUUCAGGGAUGAAGAAUUUGUAUAACAUAAAAUAAUAAUAUGAAAUAAGCAAAAAAUAUGAUGAUUAUGUCAUUUUGCUGGAAUAUGCUUUCUUUUAAUUACUGUCUAAAUUGAAUGAAAUGCAUUUCUAGGAAUAAAUAGCUCACUCAGAUAUAAAGCCCUAAAAUAUUAUUUUAGGAUACGAUUAUAAUUUUUACUUUAUUGAUUUCGGAGGUUCGAUUAAUUUGAAAGACUAAAAUGAAAUCCAACAAUAUUUAAGUACUUAUACUAAAAUUUAUAACUAUGAUUACUUCCUUAAAAUGCAAAAAUAUGAUGAUUGGACAAUUUAAAGAAUUAUUGAUUGUGAGACUAUACAACUAUUAUUAACAUUCUUUAAUAUGAUUGAUAUAAAAGACAAAGGAUAUAAUAUGCUAAGAAUUAAUGGAGAUACAGAAAAAUUUAAGUAAAUUUUAGAGCCUGAAUUUGAGGAAUUCGCAGAUAUGCUAAUAAAAUAUUUUAAUUAUAUUGUUAAAAAAUAAAAUAAUAAAAAUACUCAAAUUCCCUAAAAUUAAUAUCACUUAAUAUCUAACUUGGAGGGAAGAUUUGAGAAAAUAAUGAAUAAUUAAAGAGAUAUUCUCUAUAAUGAACAAACUAAUAUUUAUGAGCUCAAAUUUAUCAAUAAGUUUAGCAUUUAAAUAAUAGAAUAUAUUUUAGAAACUACCCCUAACUGUUCUUUUGAUAUGACAAACGAUACAUUAGUAGAUUUAUAAUUUAACGAUGACUAAGAUUAUAGUAAAAGAAAGUAUUUGGAUUUGUUUCCAAAAUUUUGUAGCUUUUUCAAAUUGAAACAAAUUCCAAGAUAAACAAGGAAUUCAAAGUAUUCUCGAGAAUAUAUAAAAUCAAGUUUAUCAACAGUAAUUUUUAACUAAGAUUAUAAUAUCAAUUGA